AUGCGACCCUCUAUCGCUUCCGUCGCCGCCCGCGACGUCUCUCGGCUUUGUGUCCGAUGUCGUCUCCGAGUUCGCCGAGCAUCCUCCCUCGCCGCCCUGUCUCCUACGACGCGCCCUUCCGCCGUCGCGAUCCCCGCCGGCAUCAGCACCUCCGCUGCUGGGCGUCUAGCUGCCGUUCGGGUCUCGUCAUCACCGUCGCCGUCCGCGGCCCUCCUCCAGGCCCGCCGCGCCGCCGGCACCUCCGCGCCCGCCGAGUCUUCCCCGUCGCCGGCACCGCCGCCUCAGACGCAUUAUGACCUCUUCCCCGAGACGCUCCCUGACGGACCCCCGCCCACAGGCCACUUCCCCAUAGACACUCGAGCCCUCCGCCGCGAGUUCCUCCGCCUCCAGGCUCGCGCCCAUCCAGACAUGCACCCGGCCGAGAACAAGGUGCGCGCCGAGGCGAUAUCGGCCCGCAUCAACGACGCCUACAAGACUCUCACCAACCCGCUCCUGCGCGCGCAGUAUUUGCUCGGCCUUCGCGGCGUCGAUGUGGCCAACGACGAAGCGCUCAAGGUCGAGGAGCCCGAUCUGCUGAUGGUAGUCCUCGAGGCACAUGAGGAGAUUGUCGAGGCCGAGUCGGAAGAGGACCUGGAUACCCCCCGGGGAGAGAAUGAUGCUCGCAUCGCGGCCAGCGAGCAGGCCCUAGAGUAUGCCUUCCAGCAUGAUGACGUUGACGCUGCCAAGCACGAGGCCGUUCGCUUGCGAUACUGGGUCAACAUCAAGGAGAGUCUCGACAACUGGGAGAAGGGCAAGGACGUUGUGUUGGGACAUUAG